ACUUCCCCGCCACACACACCUGUAAGAAGAACCAUACUCUCGUCUGAAGACGCGAGUGAUUCAAAGCAAUUUGCUUCCCAACUGCGACCUACGUCGUUAGUCUUGAACUUGCUCUCUCUCGGCUCUACCUGCUCGCACCAGAGAUGCGUCUCGCCGCCGUGCUACCAUUUGUCUGUGUAGUAGGCCUGGCCUACGCGGCACCGAUCAACAAAAGCGAACGAGCACCAGAGGCCGCGAUUUCUGCAACGCUACCUGAGAACAGCCCUGAGCUCGUACCUGUAGAUGGCGCCGAGGUGCUAAGAGAAAAGAGGCAGUUUGGAGGAGGUAGGAGAGGAGGUGGGUACAGACAGCGUCCGGGAGGUUUUGGCGGGCCAGGAGGACCUGGAGGCUUUGGUGGAAACCCUGGAUUUGGUGGCCCAGGUGCAUUUGGCGGAUUCCCGUCGGGCGGCUCAAGCGCCGCUAACGCCCAGGCCCAGUCAUUCAACGCAGGCAACUUUGGCGCAUCGAGCGCCGGAUCGCAAACUCAGGGCUUUCAGUUCGGACCGAACGGAGUGAGUGGUUCCCUCGGCCAGUCGAUUGCGCAGAACUACAAUUUCGGCGGCUACAAUAUCAACGUGGCCGCGUCCGACACGCUCAGUUUUGGCAACAAUGGUGCUAGCAGGGGUGGCAGCAACGCAGUCACUGUCACUGGACCUAAUGGCCAGAAGAUCCCCAUUAAUGGCUAAUAUUACAAUGCACUUGACUGAUGACAAUAAAGAUUUUUAAGUUAUUUUUCUUAUGAAAA